AAAUAUAGUUAAUAUAAUGGAAUCAAUUCUACCAACUGACGGAAUCCCAUUUGAUUACAAAUCUCAGUUUUUGGUUAGCAAAUCCAAUCAAACUGUUGUCCCUUUGUAUUUUUCAGAGAAUGAGGUUACUAUCCACAACAACAUCGCUGAGAUCAAGUUCAUUCAAUACUAUUUCAACAAGAAAGAAGACCCAAUAGAGGCACAAUAUUUGUUCCCAGUCCAUAAUGACUGUACUUUCACAGACUUGGAGAUUAGGUAUGGAGACGAGAUUGUCAAGGCUUCAGUUGAAGAAAGAAGAAAAGCUAAAAUCAAAUACGAUGAUGCAGUGGCUCAAGGAAAGACAGUUGCUAUGGCUCAACCAGCUAUAAGUUCAAAAGAUAUGAUAAGAAUCGACAUGGGAAAUCUUCCACCUAAAAGUGAAAUGAUUGUUGUGUGAACAUUUCAUCAAAUCAUGGAUGUUGAUGAUUGUAGUUGGAAGCUUCACAUCCCAUCUAAGAUUAUGCCAAGAUACAUGGGAGAUCUCACAGAGUAUGCUGAAACUGGUAAGCAUCUCAAAGGGAUGGUACAAAAUCUGCACAAGGACACACCUGAAGACAGACUAGAUGCUAUUUUUGAGCAUGUAUCUUCAUAUUACAACUCACCUAGUUUCAACUGGAAGAUCACAGUGAAUAUCAAUUCACAAAGCCCAAUUCAUAGAGUCAUUAGUAAAAGCCAUGAUAUCAAAGUUGGAUUUCAAAAUGAAGAUUCUUCUAAAGCUCAUAUCGAACUGACUGAAGCUGGGCUUGACACAUUCUUUGACAAGGACUUCAUCUUGAUGUACCGAAAUAAUGAAAUCAACAAGCCAAUGCUUCUAAUGCAGAAAAGAGACAAAGAAUAUGCUCUCAUGGUCUCCAUGCUUGCUGAUAUGAAUCCAGACCAAAAAUGGGUCCUCCCAGAGGCAGAUACUACUGGAGAGCUUGAUGUUGACUCUGAAAUAACUUAUGAAAAGGAAAUCGAAAGCGAUUUGGAGCCGGCAGAGUUCCUGUUUCUGCUGGAUAGAAGUUACUCAAUGACAGGAAGACCAAUGGAAACUGCAAAAAGCGCAUUGAUCUUGUUCCUUCAUAGUCUUCCACCGGAGUCGAAGUUCAAUGUUAUAUCAUUUGGUAGUGAUUAUGACAUGAUGUUUGAGUACCCAGAAUCCUAUACACAAGAGAACCUGAAACAUGCUACUUCAUCGAUCAAAACAUUUGAAGCUGAUAUGAUGGGAACUGAAAUCUUGAGUCCUCUCCAGCAUAUCUUUGAAAACAGAUCUGAUACAGUUCUGCCAAGACACGUAUUUUUGCUCACUGAUGGAGCAGUCUUCAACCCAUCAGAAUGUGUGAGGUUGAUUGGUAUGAACUCGGAUGCCUUUACUCUUCAUACCAUUGGAGUCGGAGACUAUGUGAGCACAGAACUUAUUAUUGAAUGUGCAAUUGCUGGCAAUGGGAUGCACUACUUUGUCCAAAAUUUUGCUGAAGACUUAGAAGAGACUGUAAUUGAAAGCUUAUGCAAAUGCUUUGAAGAUAAAGUUGAGAUUACAAAGAAGGAUCUUUCUGUGAAUUACAACAAGAAGGAUGAGUUUCCGGACUUGGAAUCGGUGCCUUCAAGAAUUUACAAUGGAAAAUAUUUCACCUACCUCUGUAUUCUUGAUGGAGUAGAUGAUAAGCUUGAGGGAGCAUUCUCUUUUGAUUUAAAAUCAAAAUCAGGAGGAAUUCAGAAAUACUCCUUCAACAUGGAAAAUGAUGUCCACCAAAUUGAAGGAGACUCCAUAUUCAAGUUGUUAGGAAACAGAAAAGUUAGGGAGCUUGAAGAUAACAGAGCAGAUAAGAGAUAUAUUAUCCCUUAUGCUAUUGAUUAUCAGGUUCCUAGCAAGUAUACUGUUCUUAUUGCUAUGAAGAAAUUAGUUGUCGAACCUGACACAGAAUACUUGAAGAUCAAAAAGGAUGUCGAAGGAGGAGAUAUUGAGAUUUAUGUGAAGACUCUGACAGGCAAGACUAUCACUAUUGAAGUCAAUACUGCAGACACUAUUUUUGAUCUGAAAUGCUUUAUCCAAGAUAAAGAAGGAAUUCCUCCAGAUCAGCAAAGACUCAUCUAUGGUGGCAACCAACUAGAAGAAGAUGCGACAUUGAAAGAUUAUGGAAUUGAUGAUGGAGAAACUCUACAUCUUGUUCUCAGACUUAGAGGAGGGGGAGGUGAAGAGCUAUGCGAUCGAAACUUUUAUGGAGAGUCUGCCACAGUUCCUGUAAUUAACACUUACAAAGAAUUCGUUGAAGUUCAAAAUGUAAACGGAUCUUGGGAUACUGAAGUCCUCAGACUUGUAGGAUUGUCAGAUGACAAAGUUUACGAUGCUGCUCCAGAGAACAUCAAGGGUCUUGGAGACAAACAAAAGGUCCUCACCAUAAUGUUUACCUGGAUUGGGAUAAAUAGAAUCAAGACCUUGUUCCCAGAGAAACAGAGAGAGUGGAAGUUGAUCAUUAGAAAAGCCAUAUCCUAUAUUACAGCUCAGACAGGAUCAUCUGUCAGUUAUGAUGACAUAAAAUGCUCUCUUUUCUAAACACUCCACUGAGUUUCCAAGACAUGAAAAUUUACACUUUGAGAUAUUAGUUCUGAAAUAAUAUCAUUGC